AAUAGCCAGUGAAAGCACCUUGAUCACCUUGAUCAUAUGCGCACCGCUGCUCACUGUCAGCGACGCUCACCACUGAGUCUGUCUGACUGUCUGCUUGUGUCUGAUCUGCGAUCACAUGCUCUCAAUGUAAUCGUCGUCUCACUGGAGGCCACGCAUCGACGUCUUGUCCAUAAGUAUCUGAUCCCAAGAGAUGACUGAAUCUGGCAGUGAGUGGCGGAUACACGCCAUCGACGGCUCGCUCGACGCUUUCGAUAAGACUGAAGAGCGCGAGUGGAGAGCGCCGUUCGUCUUCAUCCAGAGCGCCGACACUCAGUUGGGAAUGAUUGACGACUACUUCAAGAACCCGAACCCCAAUUGGGAUAAAGAGAUCCAAUUGACCGAAGAGGCCGUCCGACGGGCCAACGCCAUGACACCGAAGCCGCGAUUCUUCAUAGUUUGCGGCGAUUUAGUGAACGCAAUGCCCGGACAUCCGGACAAACGGCCGCAGAUUCGCGACUUCAAGAAGUGCUUCCGUCAUCUCGAUCGCGACAUCCCAUUGGUGUGCGUCUGCGGCAAUCAUGACGUGGGCGACACUCCCACCCAGCAGUCCAUCGACGAAUACCGCAAAGACUUCGGUGACGACUACUUCUCGUGGGUGUGCGGAGGCGUCCUCUUCGUGGUGUUGAACUCGCAGUACUUCAAAGACAUCACUCACGUGCAGGAGUUGGCACGAAAGCAGAGUCAAUGGUUGGACACCGUUCUCGAGGAAUAUAAGCGCAGUCAAUACAAACACAUCGUUGUCUUCCAACACAUUCCGUGGUUUCUGAAGGAGGCGGACGAAGAGGACGACUACUUCAACGUCGAGAAAGAGCUGCGACUCCGACUGCUGGACCAGUUGUACGGCGCGGGCGUCCGAUACAUAUUCACCGGACACUAUCACCGAAACGCCGGCGGUUUCUACAAAGACAUGGAGCUCGUGGUGACGUCGGCGGUCGGCGCCCAACUCGGCACCGAUAAGAGCGGUCUCCGAGUGGUCAGAGUAUACGAGAACUCUAUUCAACACAAAUACUAUGCCAUCGACGAGAUUCCUCUCGACAUCGAGAUCUGAAACGCGUGGUGCGAACUCCGGAGUCAAUUGAUAUUGUAGUCAAAGUUUUAUAGACAUAAUCACUACUCAAACGGCGCUUCAACUCGCAGUCGCUUUUAGUCUGAUUUUGAUUUUUAUGAUUAUUAUUAUUUGAGUUUUUUUUAUUUUUAACUUUUAUUUUAUAGAGAAUUUUAUUUGUAAAGUCCAAUCAUUCAAAUGAAAAAUAAUUGUUUUUUAUUACACAAUAAAGUUUAUGAUUUACAAAAGUGUAUGUAAAGUAUGAUAACAGUACAAAGUAUAUGAAGUACCGGU